UCUUUAAAUGUUUUGCUGGCAGAAGGACUCCAUGAAAGAUGACAGAAGAAGUCAUUGUCAUAGCCAAGUGGGACUACACAGCCCAGCAGGACCAGGAGCUUGACAUCAGAAAGAACGAGCGACUGUGGCUGCUAGAUGACUCCAAGACGUGGUGGCGGGUGAGGAACGCAGCCAACAGGACGGGCUACGUGCCUUCCAACUAUGUGGAGCGCAAGAACAGCCUGAAGAAGGGCUCCCUGGUGAAGAAUCUCAAGGACACGCUAGGCCUUGGAAAGACACGCCGGAAGCCAAGUGCUCGGGAUGCAUCCCCAACACCAAGCACCGAUGCCGAGUACCCCGCCAAUGGCAGCGGUGCUGACCGCAUCUAUGACCUCAACAUCCCAGCCUUUGUCAAGUUUGCCUACGUAGCAGAACGAGAGGAUGAGUUGUCCCUGGUGAAGGGCUCCCGUGUCACAGUCAUGGAGAAAUGCAGCGAUGGUUGGUGGCGUGGCAGCUUCAACGGGCAGAUCGGCUGGUUCCCCUCCAACUAUGUGCUGGAGGAAGCGGACGAGCCUGCAGCGGAGGCCCCCAGCUUCCUAAGCCUGCGUCGGGGUGCUGCGCUAAGCAACGGGCAGGGUGCACGGGUGCUGCACGUGGUGCAGACUCUGUACCCCUUCAGCUCGGUCACUGAGGAGGAGCUUAGCUUUGAGAAGGGGGAAACCAUGGAGGUGAUUGAGAAGCCUGAGAAUGACCCUGAGUGGUGGAAAUGCAAAAAUGCCCGAGGCCAAGUGGGCCUGGUCCCCAAGAACUACGUGGUAGUCCUCAGUGACGGGCCUGCGUUGCACCCCACCCAUACACCACAGAUCAGCUAUACCGGGCCCUCAGCCAGCGGGCGAUUUGCUGGUCGUGAGUGGUACUAUGGCAACGUGACACGGCACCAGGCCGAGUGUGCGCUCAAUGAGCGGGGCGUCGAGGGCGACUUCCUCAUUAGGGAUAGCGAGUCCUCGCCCAGUGACUUCUCUGUGUCUCUCAAAGCAUCGGGGAGAAACAAGCACUUCAAGGUGCAGCUUGUGGACAGCGUCUACUGCAUUGGGCAGCGGCGGUUCCACAGCAUGGAUGAGCUUGUGGAACACUACAAGAAGGCCCCCAUCUUCACCAGCGAGCACGGGGAGAAGCUCUACCUCGUCCGAGCCCUGCAGUGAAAGCAGCCAUUGGCCUCCCCAUGCCCUGCCCGCUGUGGGCCUCGCUGCCACCUCCGCCUCCUAGAGCCUGCCUGGCCACUUCGACCCAUGUGGCUUGGAUCACCACCGUGGCCCACUCAGUC